AUGGACAGUUGUGUUGUCUUCCUCGAUGGCUACCGAUAUUGGGGAACAGAGGAAGUGGUCUUUGGGAAGGUUGGAGGAAGCAUCCUCCUUUUAUGCCGAAAUGUCUCCAGAGAAGCAACCGAGGUGGUCUGGUUUCAAGGGGAUCCGCACACAUUCCCCCCACUCCUCUCCUCAAUGGUCGCCUUCCCCCCGGACGUCCGUUUCUCCCUGGUUGACAACAGCUCUCUGCGCAUCACAGAGCUGCGUGUGCAGGACGAAGGCAACUACACUUGCAAGGAAGUGCUGAACAAGACGGACCAUGAGCACAGGGUCCAGCUCCUGGUAGCCAAUCCACCACAUUCAACCCCAAAGUGCUGGGCUGAGACCUCCUCGCCGGGGCUGAUGCUGCAGCUGUUUUGCAGCUGGCCUGGGGGGUAUCCCCACCCCACCCUGCACUGGAGAGAAGAGGGACGUGAUCUGGAGAACUCAAGCUGGGUCAUCAGCUCCACGAGCUCCUCGGACACCCACGUGGAAACACUGAACAGCUCCCACCUCUCCCACCGCAAAGUGUUCAAGUGUGUCGGGAGCCAUGUCGUCAAGCAGGAGGAGCCUGCGUGCACUGUGGAGAUAAAAAUCCCUUCACUGGAAUCAGAGCCCCCAAAGACCUGCUUUGUGGGUGACAAUGUGACGUUGACAUGCCGUGUGACAGAGAGCACCCCGGCAGCGAGGCUCAGCUGGCUGCGGGGCAUCACUCAGCCAGAGGUGGAGAUCCAACCUGGAGGGAGGUACCUCAUCGCCCAGGAGGGCAACGUGUCCCGGCUCACCAUCCGGAACUGCUCCCAGGGCACCGACGGGGGCUGUUACGUCUGCAAGGCACAGAAUCCUGUGGGCCUGAGGAAGUUGUUCGUCUGCCUGACAGUGAAGCAGCCGGUGAACAUUGUUGGGGUCGUGGGUGCAGUGGUGGUCCUGUCCCUGCUGGCUGUUCUCACCAUCACCGGGGUUGUCUUGUACUACAGUCCCCUCCUGUGCCUGAGAGGUGCUGCAUUCAGGAAUCAGAACUCAGGUGAUGUCUUAGUGCUGGUGGACUCAGAAGAUGACGAUGAGGGGAAGGGGGAAGAGGAGACCAUGAGCAGCUCCACCAAGCACGAGGCGAUGGCGCUGGUCAAUGGGAACAGCAUCCAGGCUGCUUACCUCAACUGCCUUAUGGAAGGUGUCCUUUUUAACAAGGUGGCACCCAGUGCAGGCAGAGGUCGGGAAGUGGGUCCCAGUAGCCCGCUCAUCUUGAUGCCUGCGAGGGACUCGAAUACCA